AUGGCCCAGACGCCUCUAUCUCGCCAGGCGCAGCCCGGCGACUUACUACUUGUGAUUCAUAAUUUUGAUGCUCGUGGAGAAGACGAGCUCACCUUGCGACGAGGCGAGAAGGUCGAAUUGGUCGAAUUGGAUGAGGGCUUCGGCGAUGGAUGGUAUUUAGGAAAGCAUACAGCGACAGGCAAGACCGGCCUAUUCCCAGGAGUUUACACUACUCUUCCCCCGAGACUGAACGUACGACGGCCUGCGACCGCCUCAUCCAGUGCUUCCGAGACCGCCAGCACCACUGAUAGUGCUGGAGGCAUCAGUGCGGAGGGAAUAACUGCCUCGCAGAUCGAAUCUGAUGGUAAAGGUGAAACAACCCCGCAAGCUUCGAGGCGUGUUAGCGCUGCAGAAGCUCCGGACCCGAAUUUGGGCAACAUGGAAGAAGUCGCGUCCCCAGUACUGAAACAACCUCAACGCUCAACUUCGGGCCCUCUUCCAUCAUCACCUUCUCUUGCGACCACCAUUCAGCGCACAAUCAGCGAGACCUUUGGCAAUCAUCUGAACGGCGGCGACUCUCCUGUGAUGAACGAAACACUUAGCGUCAUUGACGAACACAUCACCGACCUCAACACUCCUCGUCACAGUGUAACACAGGAAUCAAAGGCUGUCACUGAUUCAGGGAGCGAAUAUAGCAGCCAUGUAGGCCACCGUCUAUCAUACAUCAAUGGUCACGAAACCGACGAGGAAGAAGGAGGCCACCUCACAGAAGAGGAGGUUCGCAGAUGGGACCACAUCGAGACAUCUCGCUAUCUACACGGCUUGGGCGUUGAUUCACGUCACUGCGAUAUAUUUCAAGAACAAGAGAUCACUGGUGAUGUGCUAUUGGAGAUGGGCCAGGAAUUUCUGCUGAUGAAAGAGUUUGAUUUCGGCGUCAUGGGACGAAGAUUGAAAACCUGGCAUAAAAUCAAAGCUCUCCAAGAACAAGUCAAAGGCGUUCAGCCAUCGCAACCAGGCUCAAUAUCUAGCUAUUACCCAGUCGAGGAACCCGAACGAUCUUCCAGCCGUGCGGCGCAAAAUUCGACUUUUCUGCCCCGAAUUCCAAGUCUUUCUGGUGAUAAGCGACCCAAUACCGCCAUAGUACCACCUCGGCGCAUAUCAACGUUACUUCAAGGUAGUCCUGGUCCACCCUCGACUGCUACAAUGGGUCGAGAACUAUCAGGUCGCCCUUCAGCAGCUUCUAUCCGUGAAUUUAACCAUACUCGCCGUCACUCAUCAAUGGAUUCAUCUCCCAAUCUUAGCCAAGUUGGCCUUGGUCAUAUUAAGAAAGGAUCAUUUGAUCAUUCAUGGACCAUGACAGGCGGAAAUCCACCCUUUGCCAGUCGACCCGGGACCGCCGCUGAGGCAACGGACGAGGACAUCAUGCUUCAGCAGAACUUCUUGGACAGGACCGACACAUCGCAGGAGGACUCUCCGCGUAUUGGGAUGCCGUACGAAAGCCUUGACCGUGGUUAUUUCUCUGGUGGAGAAGUAGAAACGCGUCGAACUCGUAAAUUGUUACGGAAGCGCGAAUCAACUGCAGGAAGCGUUAGCCAUUCAAGAAAGUCCAGUUACGUGGAUGAACAGUCUGCUCUUCGCCGACAUUCCCGCUUUGGAAGUAUCGGAAGCACCGACUCCAUUCAAAAUUCGAUGUCUCGGGUGUCUGCAGCGUCAAAAGCUUAUCACGGCAGUUCCUUGAAAGGCCGAGUUCGAAGCGCCGGAAGUCAAGUUACAGGCAUCGCUCCUGGACAUCCUGCUGUGACAUCGCUGGAUGGGAAAAUCGGCGGCACACCUCCGUCAUUUUCACCAUUUGCUGGAAGAAAUGACAUGGAAACAACCGGCCGUUCCUCACCAUUACCAUUCUCUAGCAUUCGUAACGUCGCCCCUAAAUUCCGCCGUGCUGUUGGACUUCGAACAACGUCAGACAGUGCCAGCGGAGUCCCGACUGCCCAAGAAGCAACGCCGCCGAUAUCGCCCAUCAAAGAUUUCACUCCGUUCGGGAUUGGCAGGACUGGUUCUACGACACCGUCGGCAACCUCCAAGAGCUCUGAGCGCCACAGCACAGACGGUUCUGGGAAGGCCGUCGAUGGCAUCAUGCCCUUCCCUGUUCCACGAGCCGUAUUGAAGACUGGCAGCAAGACCAAGAAGCACACUAGCGCCUACAUGCGUGGCCUGGAGAAGAAGAGCCCGCAGGAACAAAUGGUGGACUGUGAGUAUAGUGGUUGGAUGAAGAAGCGUUCGGCAAACCUGAUGACAACCUGGAAGCCACGUCUGUUUGUCCUGCGUGGCCGACGUUUGUCAUACUACUACUCAGAAAAUGAUACAGAGGAACGUGGACUCAUCGACAUAACUGCGCACCGUGUCUUGCGUGCCGACAAUGAUCCUCUGACUGCCCUUCACGCGACAAUCACAGGAGCCAAGUCUUCGCCUACCUCGCCUGAAGGCUCAACCAAGUCUCCCAUGGACAAAGCAUUUGAUGCCGCCGGUUCUCCGAAGUCAUCUGAUGGCCCUUUCAUCUUCAAGCUAGUGCCUCCAAAGAGCGGCGCAUCGCGAACGGUACAGUUUACAAGACCCACAAUUCAUUAUUUCCAGGUCGAUAGUGUCAAAGAAGGACGCCUUUGGAUGGCCGCUCUGAUGAAAGCCACCAUUGAUCGCGAUUUGAGUCGCCCUGUUGAAACGACCAACAAGCAAAAGACAAUCAGCUUGAAACAGGCCCGGAUGAUGAAUCAGCGACCUCCCGCUUUGAUGGAAUCAGAACUGCCCAUUCUUCAGAACAACGAGGCGGAAGAAGUGUCUAGUGAACAAGACGUUGACGAUGGCGGGUUGAAGAUCCAAGGACUCAACUUAGACAAAACGGAUAGCAUUGAGUCUCCUCAUGAUGGUAAUGCCGCCAAGGACGGUGGCAUCGAGUCGGGCCAAGCAGAAGAUAUAUUGGCAAUACCUAUAGAUGAUAUCUUAUCACGACCUUCAGAAUCCUUCAUUUCAUGA